CUCAGCAGAUAUGACAUCCAUUCCCUCGCAUCUCGUACUUCGAGCAGCGGUCAAGUAGACUUUAUUAACGGGACAUGCUGUUACUACAAGGAUGACUUCCAACGAAGACGUUAUAAUGGCAACAUCACCACGCGUACUUACUCAGAAUCCGCUGAAGAAAAUUUGGAUGCCAUGUAAAAAUGGGUUGCCUGACCAGCACAUUUCACAAAGAAGGGUAUGUAUGACCAACUGUCCCACCCUCAUUGUGACAGUGGGCCUACCAGCCAGGGGUAAGACCUACAUCUCUAAGAAGCUGACCCGCUACCUCAACUGGAUCGGCGUGCCAACCAAAGAGUUCAACGUGGGUCAGUACCGGAGAGAGUGUGUGAAGAUCUACAAGUCCUUUGAGUUUUUUAAUCCAAGCAAUGAAGAGGGGCUGAAAAUCAGGAGGCAAUGUGCCCUGACAGCGCUGAAUGAUGUGCGCCAGUACCUGAGUGUGGAGGGAGGUCAGGUGGCGGUGUUUGACGCCACUAACACCACCAGGGAGAGGAGAGGGACCAUCACCAGGUUUGCAGAUCAGAACGGCUUUAAGGUGUUCUUUGUGGAAUCUGUGUGUGAAGACCCUGACGUUAUUGCAGAAAACAUAGUGCAAGUGAAGCUGGGUAGUCCUGACUACAUAGACUGUAACACAGAGGAGGCCAUGGAGGACUUCAUGAAGAGGAUCAAGUGCUAUGAGAAUUCUUACCAGCCACUGGAUGAGAUUCUAGACAGGGACCUGUCCUACAUCAAGAUCAUGGACGUAGGCAGGAGGUACCUGGUGAACCGGGUCCUGGACCACAUCCAGAGCCGUAUUGUCUACUACCUGAUGAACAUCCACAUCACACCACGCGCCAUCUACCUCUGUCGCCAUGGAGAGAGUGACCUCAAUGUCAAGGGACGCAUCGGGGGGGACUCCGGCCUGUCAAGCAGGGGCAAGGAGUUUGCGAAGUGUCUGGGGAAGUUCAUCCAGGGACAGAACAUUACAGAUCUAAAGGUGUGGACCAGCCAGAUGAAGAGAACUAUCCAGACAGCUGAGGCCAUUGCUGUACCUUACGAGCAGUGGAAGGCUCUCAACGAGAUAGAUGCUGGUGUGUGUGAGGAAAUGAUGUAUGAGGAAAUCCAGGGACACUUCCCUCUGGAGUUUGCACUGAGAGACCAGGAUAAAUAUCGCUACCGCUACCCAAAAGGAGAGUCCUAUGAGGACCUGGUGCAGCGGUUGGAGCCAGUCAUCAUGGAGCUGGAGAGGCAGGAAAAUGUCCUGGUCAUCUGUCACCAGGCUGUCAUGAGAUGCCUGCUUGCUUACUUUCUGGAUAAGAGCGCAGAAGAGUUGCCUUACCUGAAGUGCCCUUUGCACACAGUACUGAAGCUUACUCCUGUGGCUUAUGGUUGUAAAGUAGAGUCUGUCUGUUUGAAUGUGGAAGCUGUGAACACCCACAGGGACAAGCCUGAUAACGUAGACCCAUCACGGAUGCCAGAGGAAGCCUUGUUAACAGUCCCCGCUCACCAGUGAUGACAGUGCCUAAGACAAAUGACAGCACUUCCUCUACUCUAUCCACAAUCAACCCAAAUUCCUUUUCACAUGGAUUGUUUGUUGGACAUAGAUUGUUAUAAUGUAUGUGUGUAUAUAUCAUUGGUUUACUCACAUGACACUUUAGAUCAUUGAUAAUGUAGACAACUGGAAUCCAGUUCACUGGCGAUUUGCCCCACAAUUGGGGUGUUGGGUGUGUGCAAGUGUAAAUGAACAAGGUAGGGAACAUCUGAUGUGAAACCUGUUUUAAAUAUAGUACAGUAAGGCUUUUAAUCCAAUUGUAGAGUUGAGCAUUUCUGAAAUCGUCUAACAGUAUGGCUUACAGGUAGCCCAAUACUGAACUUACUAUCCACUAAUCUGUUUGUUUUUUACCAAUCCAAUUACCUAUUUUGCCAAAGAUCAGAAUCGGUCUGCCUGUGUAGACAGGUUAGAAACCCAAUACAAAAUGGUAUUUCUUGUGUCCAUCCAAUAUCUUGUUUUGUCUAUUGUUUAAAUCUGAACUGAUACCAUAUUUCCCAUUUACCUGGAUAUAUAUAUAUAUAUAUACACACACACACCUGGAAGGUAUUUGGUUCUGUUGUUCAAAGUCUAAGUUAUGGAUAGAGCUGCUCUAGUUCAGUAAUAGGAUCUAGCAUUGGCAUCUAUGGUAUGACACAAACUAAGUUCUAAAGCCUGUGUACAGGUAGUCUGUUAAUGAGCACUAUAAUCAACUUUCAAAGCUGUGAAUGUCAUUAAAUUGUUAUAUAGUUACAUUUUACAAUGUGUUGUUUUAACUUGUCUUUCGUGUCACUGUAAAUAGCAACAUCGUCCAGAUAGAAUAAAUCUUAUGUUUGGUCUCUUUUUGUCUUAGUGUUGUUUUAAAAGAUUUAAGUAUCAUGUAAAUACUGUGACCAUCAAACACUUCACCAAAUUAGUAUUUUCUGUAUAAGGCCAGAUCAACUUAGAUGUAAACCUUUCCUAUGCAAACUGACUGUGGGAUAUAUCCAGAAACUACAGAAUUUAAAUAGUCUGGAUUAAUUAAUUCAGUAUAUGGUACAGUUAGCAAAAAAGUUUGGGAACCCUGCUAUAACACAACCCAUUGAGAAAAUCAGAUCAGUGUUUGAUGCAAUGUACUGACAAGUUUCCAAUAAAGUCCACAAAUGUGCCCA